AUGGGUUGUACACUAAGUGCCGAAGAUAAAGCUGCAAUGGAGAGGAGUAAAAUCAUUGACCGGAAUCUGAGAGAAUCUGGCGAAAAGGCUUCAAGUGAAGUCAAACUGUUGCUUCUAGGUAAGUGUUCCUAUGCUACUGACAUUGGUAGUAUCUAAAUGAUAUGAGGUCUGAAGAGGGUGUCUGUCUAACUGAUCGAAUUACUUUUAUGUAGGGCUCAUGACUAUCUGGCAAUGGUGGAACCUACUUCUUUGCUCAAAUGAAAGCUGUCAUGAUCAUUCAGUCUUCCACAGACUGCGUGAAAAUUCCUUCAGCUUUCAUGCUCAUGGUGUAGCCUAAUGUUUUUAUUUUACAUUCUCAGACCAGGUGCAAAGGCCCCAAAACAGUAGGGGGGGUGUAGAACUUUCACAGAUGGAAUCAGCUGGUUCUGAGCACUGACUGCAUGUUUGUUAUAUCUCUACACAUUUAGUAGAGUUAAGAGUUUGAAACUUUCUUCCUGAUUUUAUGGCUCCUCUCUUUCCCACUAAACUUUACACUUCAAGGUGCUGGGGAGUCUGGGAAGAGCACAGUUGUAAAGCAGAUGAAGUGAGUACAUAUUUCAACAGUUUUGUGCACACCCCCAAAACAGUUAAAAAACUAGCAUGCUUUUUAUUGAUUAGGAACACUUAUGAAGUGAUGAAUCAGUUAGGAGCCUUUGAGAUGUUAUCUAGAUUAGAUGUUGACCACAAGCACCAGUAAGAUGGGCAUGUUAACCUCCUCUUCCUACCCUCAGAAUCAUCCAUGAGGAUGGCUACACACAGGACGAGUGUAGCCAGUACAGGGUUGUGGUUUACAGCAACACCAUCCAGUCCAUCAUCGCCAUCAUCAGAGCAAUGGGCAGGCUCGGUAUUGACUUUGGGGACCCAGCAAGAUCAGUGAGUCAGCUUGAAGGUUUUCUUACAUUUCAGUGGUCUUAUAACAAUGUAUAGUUUACUACUGCUUUUUCCCCUUUGUAAAAUGCCACAGCAAGUGUUGUUUCUCUUUAUGUUAUGACUACAAGGAAUUACGAACUUUACAAGAACAGUGUACAGAAUGAUCCACUGGCUGCAGUGACAUUCCAUUCCAACAUGGAUGGUCAACAUGUGAAGUAAAUCACUUGAAAGCUGAUUCUGCACCUAACAUGUUGAUUUGGGAGUGACAUUUUUCUGUUGUCAUGCUGUUCCCACGAGGAUGAGAGCUGUCAGAAUUGUUGUUUCCUUUUUGUAACUGUGUUUGCUUGGCUGUGUCUCCAGGAUGAUGCCCGCCAGCUCUUUACCUUGGCCAGCUCUGCAGAGGAAGGGGUCAUGACCCCUGAACUGGCUGGGGUCAUCAAGAGGUUAUGGCAGGAUGGAGGGGUCCAGAUCUGCUUCGGCAGGUCCAGAGAGUACCAGCUCAACGACUCAGCCUCAUAGUAAGAGCAUUACAAAUCUCUGCCCUAAAACUGCUUGAAUCAAGUAUUAUAACGACCAGAGAACCAUAGUGAAUGAUAUUGUCUUGCACACUUGGCCAUCCUCAAACAGGAGAAGCGAGGCACUUGCUUGUCUGUAAUCCAGAUUACUGUGAGAGCUCUUAUGUGACAUGUUCAUCAGGAGGCUGCUGGCCUAAUACACUGACAGGUUUUUCUGUUUUCCACUGUCUCUAUUGGGAUCUUGAAAGCAUAUACAUUUACAUUUUAGUCAUUUAGCAGACGCUCUUAUCCAGAGCGACUUACAGUUAGUGUGUGCAUACAUUAUUUUUUUAUUUUAUUUUUCAUACUGGCCCCCCGUGGGAAUCGAACCCACAACCCUGGCGUUGCAAACGCCAUGCUCUACCAACUGAGCUACAUCCCUGCCGGCCAUUCCCUCCCCUGUCCUGGACGACGCUGGGCCAAUUGUGCGCCGCCCCAUGGGUCUCCCGGUCGCGGCCGGCUACGACAGAGCCUGGAUACGAACCAGGAUCUCUAGUGGCACAGCUAGCACUGCGAUGCAGUGCCUUAGACCACUGUGCCCCUCGCCACAUAUAGGCUUAAUGCUUUUCAAAAAAUGUACUAUAUUCUGAACAGGCUAUAAUAAGCAUGCACAGUUAGUUAGGAGGAUGCUGUGGAGCGUAGCCAUCCACACCAAGCCAAUGAGAGAGAAUGAAGAAACUAUUUUGCCCAUCUAAAUAGCCGUAGAGUGGUGAGAUGAGGGCCCUUAAUUAGCUCACUUCAUUGUUCACCCAGAUCCUUAUUGGUGAGGAGUGUGCAAUCAGGCUAUUAUAAGGUCUGAGUAUCACGCUCCUGUUGAUAGCAUUUUAGUGAGUGUGUUAGUUCACGAAAGGCUUUUAUUUUUUGCUGGGGGGGUACUCUUUGAAGAGGUAGAGUUUCAGAUGUUUUUGGAAGCUUCAGGGGGAGCUUCAGGGGGAAGCUGGUGCCAGGACAGAUAAGGACAGAUAAGAGCUUGGACUAGACUGAGCGGGAGCUGACCCCCGUAGGGGUGGGAGGGCCAAGAGACCAGAGGUGGCAGAACGGAGUGCUCGGGUUGGGGUGUAGGGUUUGCGCAUAGCCUGAAGGUAGGGAGGGGGAGUUACUGUCACAAUGGGUCAGGCCAUAGGCCAAGUGUAACAAUAAAAUAUAGUUAAGGAUUAAUAUUUUAUGAAAAAUGUUUUUAGACCAGGAAAAAGUCCCCUGUUGCUAGAUAAGUUUGCUAGGUACGAAUGAUUUCCCAGAAACCGACUCCUAGUUUGAGACAUGUCUGACUCCUCUGAUACCAGUGCGGACAUGAAAGGAGGAACCCUGUGAUAGACUGCUGUUGUUGUGCAACACUGCUGAAGCAAUAGAGACGGGGACAGGGGAAGUUCCAGGCCCUGAAGGCAGAAACAGGUUGCCAUUAGGGCCAGGACAAUACCAGUAUCUGGGGGGAAAAUGAUAUGGCAAAAAUUAAAACACGAAGCAGACAACUCUUUGGUCCUUUAAAAACCUGCUGUAUGCUAAAUAUUGUGUGCUAUAGGUUGGAAAAUAAAUAAAUGUGACUCUGGAUGACAACAUGUUUGUUUCCAACAUAAAUCCGCUUUGUGUUUUGUUUCCUUGCCGUGAUACUAACGAGUACCACGAUACUGGUAUGGUCCCGGCCCUAGUUGCCGUCACUUUUAUUUAUUUAGGAAAAACUGGAGUUUUCGGGAUUCGAGACAGACAAUGUGAUUACAAGCUCUCUUGAGUUGUUUUGGGAAUCAUUUCUUUGUUUACUUUAUAUUCCUCCAUAUUGGCUUUAGUUGUUCACGUGUAUUGUUGUUCGCAUCCAUGGUUGAUCCAAUACCAGAACUUCCAUUUACAUGUCUUGGCUCACCAAUUUGAAACCGCAUUAUCCAACAAUUGGCAAGUAGUAGUGUUUUUAAAUAACUUUUUACGUUAAGUCAGCCUCCUCCUCUUUCUCCUCAGUUACCUGAAUGACUUGGACAGGAUAUCCCAGCAGAACUAUGUGCCCACGCAGCAGGAUGUCCUGCGGACAAGAGUCAAGACCACCGGCAUCGUGGAGACACACUUCACAUUCAAGGACCUCUACUUCAAGUCCGUAACCUGUUAAUACAGCACUCCGUGCACUGACACUAAUAAUCACUGAGUCACUUUGUCCCUACAGUUAAUGAUUCACUAAUGUAAAAAAGCCCAAAGCUGCUCGUACAUCACCCUAGUGACCACAUCAUACUGUAGGUGUGUUUCUGUCUUUCUCACUACCUCUCAUACCCUUUUUUUUUUAUGUCCUGUCUUUUUCUCACUUCAUGUCUCUGACUCUCCCUGGCUGCAGGAUGUUUGAUGUGGGGGGUCAGAGGUCAGAGAGGAAGAAGUGGAUCCACUGCUUUGAGGGAGUCACAGCCAUCAUCUUCUGUGUGGCGCUCAGUGACUAUGACCUGGUGCUGGCUGAGGAUGAGGAGAUGGUGAGUGGGAAAGGGCAUCAACUCUAAAUCUAUAGUCCUGUGGUAUUUACAAGGUUGUUGCAGUAUAUAAAGUCUUAUCAAAAGGGAUUGCAUAACAGUUUCACCCACACACAGACCCUGACACUGCUCAUCUCUCCAUAGAACCGUAUGCACGAGAGCAUGAAGCUAUUUGACUCCAUCUGCAACAACAAGUGGUUCACGGGCACCUCCGUCAUCCUCUUUCUCAACAAGAAGGAUCUGUUUGAGGACAAGAUCCAGAAGAGCCCACUCACUAUCUGCUACCCAGAGUACUCAGGUAUACAUUCUUUGACAUUUUAAAGAUAUACAGGUUAUUUAGGAAUCAGCCACUACAGAACAGCACACAACAUAAUUUCCUGUUGGAUUAUUAACCACAGUGGAGAGCAUUUGCACAUAAUGGAUUCUUGUUAAUUGAGAUGUCUGAGUAAUACCGCUUGAAAUAUUAGCUUGUGCAAUAUGGGAGGAGCCUCAGGACACACUUUGGUAAAGCAGGAAAUGAAAGUUUAGCAAGUGUUUAGUCCAUAAUAGGAAAUUACUAGUUUGCUCAACGCAGUGUAUUGAGUCAUACCUAUUUUGCAUGUCCUUUGAGAAUAAGUGCAUAAAUGAGAUAGAAAACAUAUUCCUCUCCACUACUCUAGGUCCAAACGCAUACAAAGAGGCGUCAACCUACAUUCAGUGUCAGUUUGAAGACUUGAACAAGCGGAAGGAUACAAAGGAGAUCUACACCCAUUUCACUUGUGCUACUGACACUAAGAACGUGCAGUUUGUCUUUGACGCUGUCACUGAUGUCAUCAUCAAAGCCAGCCUGAAGGAGGUUGGCUUGUACUGA